AUGGUUCAAAAGAUGACUUCUUUUGGGGCCACAGCCCCACCAUUCAUCGACUACUUGAAAGGUAUUCUGCGCCGAUAUCCAGACGGUGGACAGAUUUUGAAGGAACUGAUUCAAAAUGCAGAUGACGCCAAAGCCACAGAAGUGCUUUUCAUCCACGAUGAGAGGAGCUACGGGACCAAGAGCCUUUGGACUAAAAAGCUUGGAAAAUACCAAGGUCCUGCUCUCUACGCCUACAACAAUGCAGUUUUUACUGAUGAAGACUGGGACCGAAUUCAGAAGGCAGGAAGAAGUGGCAAGGUCAAUGACCCGGACAAAAUUGGGAGAUUUGGAAUUGGCUUCAACUCUGUUUAUCACAUAACUGAUGUGCCAAGCAUAUUCAGCUCAGGGCACCUUGGCUUGAUGGACCCUCAAGAAAAGAUUUUUGGAGAAAGAAAAGGAGGGUUUUUGUGGUCUUUGGAUGACGCUGAGCACCAAAAAGCUCUGAUGACAAUGCAUGAUCAGUUCCAACCAUACAGAGACAUUGUUUCAGUUGUAGGGCGAGAAUGGUCGGAUGUCCUAAAGGAUCAGUACUUUGAUGGGACAAUCUUCAGAUUUCCUCUGCGCAAUGUGACAUCAGAAAUUUCAGAUAAUUUGUAUGAUUCAGAGAAGGUGGUGGAGCUUUUUGAUAGCUUCAGUGCAGAUGCAGAUUUGAGCCUCCUCUUCUUGAAAAGUGUAAGCUCUGUGUCCCUGAUACAUAUUAAUGUUGAUGGCACCGUUAACACAAGGCUUGAAGUAAAAUCUUCAAUCCCCACAACAGUCCAUUUAAAGUUAGAAGAGGACUCAGCCAUUGAGGGUUUGACAAAGUUUAAACUUAUAACCAUCAAGUCAGAAGACCACAAAGAAACAAACUGGCUCAUCACCACAUGCACAAUGAAGGAGGGUAAUGAUAAAAAUCUCGACUCUCUUGCAAAAAAGUUGAGUUUUCUACCCCGUGUUGACGUGGCAUUUCCCACUGAUGUGAAGAGAGACUGCAGUCAGGGUAGACUGAGCUGCUUUCUCCCCCUCCCAAACAACGAGUCCAACAAAACUGGUCUCCCAGUUUGUGUCAACGCCUGCUUUGGCCUCACAGACAACAGAAGACACAUCAAGUGGCAAGAAGAGGACCAGAAACACGAUGAACAUGCUCAGUGGAAUGAACUGCUGGUGAAGAAGGUGCUCCCACAAGCAUAUGUAAUGAUCAUUCAAAAUGCCAUCAAACUUUGCCAACAGUCUCUUCUUCCCAUCUCAUCUGUGUACAGUCUAUGGCCUGAUAUUAGUCAGGUACAGCUCAAAGACAAAUGGCAGGAUGUUGCUCUGGAUGUUUUUCAUCACUUACUAAGCCAGAACAUGGCCGUCCUGUCUCUUGCCAGAGAUGAAACAAAAUUUAUUCCUUUAUCAAAGGCCGUGCUACCCUGUAAUGGUCCAACAAGCACUGACAUGCUGGCUGCCAUUAAAAGGACUUUGGUUUCAUGUGGAGAAAACCUUGUUACUCUACCAGCUAGAGUUCUUCGAGCCAUUGAGACCUAUCCUCACACAAGCCCAAAACAUGUGACUCCAACCUUCCUCAGAGACAUUCUCCACAGGACCGGUGUGGCUAACAUCAGUAAAGAAGACAAACUCUUUCUUUUGGAGUACAUAUUAAAGGAUGGAAAAUAUAAAGAAUUGAGGGGUCUUCAGCUACUUCCACUUAGUGAUGGUUCAUUCAGAUCUUUCACUGACAGAGAUGAGGACACGGCCUUAAUUGACAGCAAAAAGUUUCCAAGAACCUUGAUGCCAUUCUGCAAACACCUCUUCAUUUCAAAUGACCUUAGUUCAGGAUGCAGAAGCCACUUGGAAGAACUGGCCAGACAAAAUUUAUUCUGCGUCAUCAAUGUUAAUGCUGACUAUGUGGUGGAAUAUACACGAAGGUAUUUGCCACAGGAAUGGAAGCAGGUGAGGUCAGCAUUCGUGACAUGGAACAUCAGCAACAGAAAUCAUCCACCAUUAGAUUGGCUCAGAGAAAUCUGGAAGUUUUUCAACUCUCACUUCAGCGAGUUAAGUGGUUUCACAGAAAUACCUCUGAUUCCUGUCAGUCCCCUCUCUACCAGUCAGCCUGUUUUACUGGCAAAACUAAGACAAAAAACAACUCUGAUUUUUCGGAACGGAAGGCAGAGUAGUUUGCCUGAACCAAUAGCUCAGGUGGUGACCAAAGCUGGUGGCACAGUGGUGACAGGAAAUGAGUGGCUCAAGCACGAAGACCUUGAAACGUAUGUCUUGAAUCCAUCUCCAACAAGUGUCCUGAAGUUGUUGAUGAAUUUAGACUCUCAGCAGCUGAUCAGAGUCAUAAAGUCUGAGUCUCACAAAUCACAAAAAGAAGUAAAAGAUUACCUGUCCCUUCUGACUCAUAUCUCAGGCAAAGAGAAAGAUUUCCUCCUAACAUUACCCCUAUUUCAGACCAUGAAAGGAUCCUGUGUCGGAGCUCAGUUGAAACAGGCACUGCUUCUAAUGUCCUCUCCGACUGUACCCACAGAGCUGCCCAUGCCUGAUACAGUUAUCCAGUGUGCUACUGAGGUUGACCGCAGACUGUUACAACUACUCAAAGUUAAUAUCUUGAGUCCAGCAGAAGCAGCUGUUGUUCUUAUUAACUGCAUUGAAAAAGGUACCUGCAGUAAUGAAGAAACUGAAAAAAUAAUGGUUUGGAUUUUACAGCAUGGUAGCAUCCUUUUCUCUCAACACCAGUCCCUAAAACACAGAUGCAGGGAUCUGAGAUUCAUUAAAGUCAAUGGAGAGCUGAAAAAGACUGCAAGCUUCUUUGAUCCAAGAGUUAAAACCCUCAGAAUCAUUUUUGAGUCAGACUUCUUCCCCCCGCCAGUGUACACCAAAACACUACAGAUGAUGGAAAGCUUGACAGACCUUGGAUUGAUGAACAAAGAGUCAGAUGUGACACUGGAACAUUUGUUGCAUGCCACAAGACAGAUUGAAAAUCUUCAUGUGAACUCUAGAACAGAGGCUUUCAAAAGAUCUCACACCAUCUUGGCAUUGCUGGAUGCUAAUGAUAUUCUGCCAAAAAUUUCAAAUGGGCUUCUUAAUCAGCUUAAAAGGAUAAAAUGGGUCCCAUGUGAUCAACCUGGCACUGACAAAAAACAGCUUUGUGAUAAAGCUCUGAAAAACUGUUUCUACAGCCCAGAUGAAAUAAGACACACUAUGUAUGAGGACAUUGUUGGAUAUGUAAUGCCUCUAAUGGGGAAACUUCGUGACAAAGUAAGCACCAGACUCGGCCUCAAACGUCCACCUCCUCCUGACAAGGUGAUUGAGAACUUAUCAGUGCUAAAAUCAAAAGCACAGGAAAUGACUGAUCCUGACAAAAAUGUGGAUUUCAAAAGAAAGUUAAAUAGUAUUUACAGACACAUGCAAGAAAACACAUCUGAGUUUGGGGAGUUGAUGAACAAGGAGCCUUGCUGGCUGUGGGCCCACAACCACUUUGUUUCUCCACAGACCCUGGUUCUUGACUACCCACCUGAUCUAGAUCUGAGCUCUUUCAUUGCAAAGGUGCCAAAUGAGUUUUUGCCAUUCAAGAAAUUACUUCAGGAGUUUGGUCUGAGAAAAUCACUUACAAAUGAAGAAAUUGUUGACAUUCUUCUUUUGAUUAAGAAAAACAUAGACAAAAGGCAACAUCCAUUUGCAAGUCCAGCUGAGGUAAAAGUGUCCAUAGAAAUUCUCAACUGGCUGUGGAGAAAAAAGCAAACAGUUUGGGAUGACAUCCCAGUGCCAGUCAUCAUAGAGGGUGAAAAUGUCACUCUCAAACCAAGGUCAGAAGCACUUUUCUGUGAUGUAGGCAAAAAUAGACUGAACGAGCUUCAAUUCAGUCAAGACGAAAUCAAUGUCUUGCAUGAGGAAAUCCCAACUGCAACAGCUGAAUGGUUACAAAUAAGAUUCCUCAGUAACCACAUCCUUGCUCCAGAGUUAGUGGGAAUUGAACAGUGUGGACAAUUUGAGCCAAUAACUUUGAGAAUAAAAAACAUUCUUAAAGAGUAUGAUGAAGAUGGGGACAUCUUCAAAGAGCUCAUUCAGAAUGCAGAAGAUGCUGGAGCUAAUGCCUGUAAAUUCUUGGUUGAUUUCAGAGUCCACCAGGAUCCUCCAGAAAGUCUCAUUGAUCCUGAAAUGGCCCUUUGUCAGGGACCAUGUCUUUGGUCCUUUAAUAAUGAGCAAUUCACAGAUGAGGACUGGGAAAAUGUUGUCAGAGUUGGCUCCGCGUCAAAGGAAAACAAAGUGGAAAAGAUUGGAAAGUUUGGACUUGGAUUCAAUACUGUGUAUCAUGUGACAGAUGUUCCCUCCAUUCUCAGUGGCAGUAGACUUCUCAUACUUGAUCCAAAUGUAACUCACCUUAAGAGGCACAUUCAGCAAAAAACAAAUCCUGGAAUCAAACUGGAUCUCUCUCAAAAGAGAAUUUUUGAUUGUUUUCCAGGACAAUUUGGACCAUAUGAGGGCAUUUUUGACUGUAAUUUCACAAGAAGUCCCCCAGAACCCUUUACAGGCACCCUGAUCAAACUGCCUUUCCGAAAUGAAAGAGAGGCUGACAAGUCAGAAAUUUGUUCAAAAAUUUAUCACAAACAGGAUGUCCUUACCUUGCAGCAAAACUUUACAAAAAAUUCACAAACCCAUCUGCUUUUUCUCAAGAAUGUCAAAAUAUUGUCUUUACAAAGUAUCUCAAACAAUGCAUCAACUCCACCAAGAGAUGAAGACAUAAACACCAUCCUGUCUAUUUCCACAACUGAUGUAAAGACUGUGUCAAUUGCAAAUGAAGCCUUGAUAUCCAAGCAACAUGAAGCUGAGAAGUCACUGAUGAAACGUGAUGGUAAAUGCAAAGAGAUCAUUGACAGCUGCACAAUCCGCAUUCUCCAUAUGACCAUUCAGCAGAGUGGUACAACUGAAGCACAACACUGGCUUGUUUACAACUGCUUUGGGACAGAACAGUCUCUGGAAAUUUACCUUCGAGAAAACAAUAAAUCCACAUUCUCCUUGCCCAUUGGAGGAGUUGCUGUGCCCUUGAAGGUAAGCCAAACAGAUUUGGUUGGACGGGCAUUUUGCUUCCUUCCUCUUCCCAUUCACACAGGUCUUCCAAUAAAUGUAAAUGGAACAUUUGCUGUGAUGAGCAACAGAAAAGGUCUGUGGGAAAAUGGCCUGAAACAUGAGUGGAACAAGGCUCUUCUUCAGGAUCCCGUAGUGACAGCCUAUGUUACUGCCCUUUUGACAUUGAAGGAAAUGUCUGAGAACAACGAACUGGAGACUUACUGUUAUCAUAGAUUUUGGCCAGAGAGAGAAAAAGUGACUGAUACAUUUAAGCCUUUGGUGGAUGCAUUUUAUAUUGUCAUUGCUCAACCUGCUGGCCCAGAGCUCUUCAGUGACGGAGAACACUGGUGCUCAAUUAAAAAUGCAAUCUUUCUACAUGAGAGCAUUGAAGAACAUAAAGCUAUUGGUCCACUUGCAGCUCAAAUGUGUAAAAAACAUGCAAGUGCUGAAAACUGUUUUGUUUCUCUUCCACUGUGGUUGAGAAACAGUUUUAAGCAGGCUGGCCUGGCAAAGGUUUUACAAAACAGGACAUGGAACUGGGAGAUGUUUUAUCAAGAAAUUGUGUUCAAAUACAUCAAUGAAAUGGAUCCUAAAAUCAGAGACACUCUUGUUAUCCAUGCUAUUGAUCUCAAUAUGAAAGGAGUGGACAAUCUUCUUGCCUGCUAUCCUUGCAUACCCACAACAGACGGAAGACUCCAGUAUAUUAAGAAACUUGUCAAUCCAGCAGGGAAAGUGGCCUGUCUGUUUGAACCAGAGGAAGGACGCUUGCUUGGUGGAACCAAAAAGGACUUUCGUUCCCCCAAAAGGAUUCAGCGCUUGUUGGAACUUGGAAUGGCAAAUGAUCUUCUUUCACUGGAGGACAUCACACAGAAAGCAGGCACAAUAACUGACAUCUGGAGUUUUGACAAAAAGAAAGCGUAUGAGCAUCAGACGUGCCUGCUUGACCUUCUGAAGAAUCACAUGGACGACAAAGACUCUGUCCACUGGAAAACACUGAGGAUGACCCCGUUUCUCCCAGCAUUUUCUUCAGGUGAUAUCAGAAUGGAAAAAAAUGCAUCCCUUGAACGGCCCACAGACGUUUUCAGUGACAGAUACACUCUGCUUGUGAACAUGACACAUCCAGUGUUGGAUCACAGUGGUCUGAAAAUGCACAACAAUGAUCCAGUUCUAGAACAUCUGCGAGUUCAAACCAGUCCGGAGCCAGAGACAGUGCUUCAGCAGCUGCAAGAAGCAUGUAAGAAAUCACGAGAAAUUGACAAAUCUUUGCUUCACAAAAUAGCAUACGAGUGCUAUAAAUUUCUGGAUCAAUGGAUCAGUGGAGGUAAAAAUACCACUUCACUUUCACAGCGGGCAAAGUCAUUCUCAUUCAUUUUGAUUGGCGACAGAUUUGUAAACAUCAGCUGUGUGGCAGAAGAUGAGCAGUUUGAAGCAAAACCUUAUCUUAAUGUACUUCCAUCUGCCUUCACUAGUUUCAGGAACCUCUGGGAGACUGUGGGUGUGGAAAAGAAGUUCACUCUCACUCAGUUUGUCACUGUACUUCAGAAACUUCAAUCUAAACAUGAAAACAAACCACUGCCAGAAAAAGAUUUGUCAAUUUGUCUGACAAUUUUAAGCAAAGGUUUAUUUGAAGCCAAUGAAAAAACAACUGCUGACUGUCUGAUACCAAAUGACCGUGGGAUUUUACAGCCUGCAAAAGAGCUGUUUUACAAUGACAGUCCAUGGAUGCCAGUAACUUCAGGUAUCACUUUGUGUCAUGCAAAUAUUCCACGUAAUAUGGCGUGCCACUUUGGAAUCAAAACAACCAGGCAUCACAGUCUGGAAAACCAUACAUAUAAAAUGGCAUCAUUUGCUUUCGGGUUUGAACAGCGUGAAGAACUAACUGUUCGCAUCAAAAACAUAAUUUCAGCAUAUCCAUCAAAAAAGGAUAUUCUUAAAGAACUAAUCCAAAAUGCCGAUGAUGCUGAAGCAACAGAAAUUCAUUUUGUUUGGGACAAACGACAACAUGGCGAAGAGAAAACAUUCGGGGAGAGAUGGAACUCUCUGCAGGGUCCAGCCCUUUGUGUGUUCAAUAACAGAGUAUUUUCUGAUGAUGACUUGAAAGGCAUUCAACAACUGGGAGAAGGAGGAAAGCAACAGCUAGAAGGGAAGAUAGGUAAAUAUGGAGUUGGAUUCAACUCAGUUUACCACUUGACUGACUGUCCUUCCAUUCUCACUGGAGAUGAAUUACUUUGCAUUUCUGAUCCCAAUCGAAAAUACAUUGAAAGUCAUUCGGAAAAACCAAAAGCUGGCAUUGGCUACAAUCUAGAUGAUACAUUCAAGGAGAUGUACAAAGAUGUCUACAACUCCUUUCUUCCAGACAAAUUUAGACUUAAAGAGGGAACAAUGUUCAGAUUACCCCUGAGGACAAGUGCUGGAGCAAAAAGCUCCAGAAUUUCAGAAAAAGAUGUCACUGAUGAUGACAUGAAUGCACUUUGCACCGCCCUGUCUGAAGAUCCAGAGGGACUAAUUCUGUUCCUGAAAAACAUCUGCAAAAUAACACUUCAUGAAAUCAAGGAGAAAUCAGGAAAACUUGAAUCAAUUUUUGUUGUUGAAAAACAUCUGCCAAAUGAAAGCAGUGGGAAAAAAGAUGCAUUUACGAAAAAACUACAAAGUGCACUACAAUCAAGGGAUCAAAUUACCCCUGAAAAUGUUUUCUAUGAAACUAAUAUUUCUACCUCAGAAAAAAGACAAAGUGAAUGGAUCGUUGCUGAACAGUUUGGCUCAUUCAAAGAUAAUGGUGGAUCAAAACUACCAGACAGACUUCCACAGGGAGCAAUCGCUGUUCGUGUUAGCACAGAAAGCUCCAACACAUCCAAGUUCAGAAAAAAGGAUUUUGAAGGUGCAGCUUUCUGUUCACUUCCCUUGCCUGGGAAAACUGGGCUGCCAGUACACGUUAAUGGAAACUUUGAGGUGGAUUCUUCCAGGAAAACCCUUUGGAAGGAAGAUGGUGAAAGUAUGAAACUGAAAUGGAACAAUGCUUUGAAACAAAACAUCAUUGCUCCACUGUAUGCAGAUCUCCUGCAUUACAUCAGAGACAGAAUUGAAGUUAAAACAGAUUCUCUUUCAAGUAUUGAAAGAGAUUUCAGAACUUCAUACUUGUGUUUUUGGCCAAUUGUGUCCAAGGAUGUUGCUCCAGAUUGGCAAGAAAUGAUACAAGAGGUAUACAGAUCCGUUAAAGAAAAGGGUCUUGAUGUGAUCCCAAUACUGAGAAUUUCUACCAUUAAGCUUGCAGAUCGGAUAUUUAAAGUGCACAACAUUGACUGGUCUAACCUCAGUGAAAAAGAAACAAUUCAGGCACCUUACUUGACAGACACAGCACAUGAUCAAAUCAAUUCUAUUUUGGAAGACAUUGGAAUGAAACUGGUCCCUAAUUUUGCAAACAUGCAUCAGAUUUGGAAUACUUUUAAAACAGCUGGAGUUGAAGUGAAAAGUGUCACUCCAGCCUCUGUGUGCACUUUCCUGCAAGCAAAACCUCUCAACGAUCCAACACAAACAGACGAGGAUUUACCUUUGCCUAUAACUGCUACCCUGAUCAGAGAUGAAAAGAGAUGUUCUGAACUCCUGAAGUUCUGCUUGAGUCAUCCACAGUUGCUAAGUAAUUCAGAGAAUGAGGACCCACUGCUGAAUGGGCUUCCACUUCUUCUCACAAAAGACACAAUCUUAAGACCUUUUGACCCUAAAUCUCAAAAGUUGAUUUCAAGAUAUGACAGUCUUUUCUUUGGUUUUGAGGAUGAAUUUGCAGACUACAACAUCUACAAAGAUUACAUUGAUAUUCUACAAACCUUUAAACUUGUUAAGAACAUGACACUUCCCAGUGCAGUGAAAUAUCUCAAACCAAUAAUCCAUCGUCUUCUCCAGACCUGUGAAGUUGACCGUGAAAGUGGUCUUCAUGUUCCAAAUCAAACUAUGUUGAAAUGGUUGGAGUCACUUUGGAGGUUCAUUAAAAGUGAAAUUCCACAUGAAACUUCUACAGCUGGUGAACAAAGUUUGACAAUAAGUGAUGUGAGAAAGCUCUUCAGCGACUGUAACAUUCUUCCUGUUGUCUGUCCAAAGUUAAACAACAAGCACCUCCUGCAAACAAUGGAAGAGAUGUCAAGUGUGAUUCCGCAUGCAUUAGACGACCUAUCAAAAAUCCUGCUCAAACUUGGUUUUACAAAGCUUGACAAUGUGUUUUUUAGGAAAACCUAUGCAAGUCCGUUUUCAGCACUGCCUGCUGAGCUCAUGAAUGUGAAUGAUAAAAGUGCAGUGUUGAAACAAGUCUGCACCAUUAACCACUCAAAGUUUUCUCACCUUUCCACUGACGAUAUGAAAACAUUGCAGAACUUCCUGCAGUCUGGACUGUCCAAGUGUGAAAACCAUCAAGAUUAUGAGUGGAAGUUUAGGUCCUUACCAAUAUUUCAAACAACACAUGGAGAACGAGUACCGAUUGAUGGACUUGAAGUAUUUGUUCUUAAUAGCAAGCAUUCAGUGGCAUUUCCAAACCUAUUCACCUUGUCCAACAGCAGCAUUUUUCUCAAAUGCAACCCAGAAAACCUAGCUCUUUCAGAAAUGCUGAAGAUUAAAAUCCUGGAUGAUUUGGAAUACUUCAUGAAGUUCAUUUUGCCUGCUGUACACAACCUCAGAGAGAAGGAGACUCUUGACCUCCUCAAACUGUUACUGAUCCUACGUUAUGACUACAAUUUUUCACUGCACAAAGACAAAGUCAUCUCAUCCCUGAAGUCAGUGAAAUUGAUUCGCAGUUGUCAAGGUAAACUGGAGAUGGCAUCAUACUUUUUUGAUGAUCAGGUUGAGCUUUACCAGAAAAUGGUGCCCCAGGAAAAGUUUGUGCCAGAUAAAUUCUGGACGGACUUGUGUGAAGAACAUCAAACUGGAAAAACAGAAGCAAAACAGUUAGUCCGAGAAUUAGGAAUGAAACAUGUUGUCUCAACAGAUGAUAUCAUCAAUUUUGCAACCCAAAUAGAAUCAGAAGCAAAAGGAAACAAUAAAAUUGUUCAGCUGCAAGAGAAAUCAAAGUUGCUUUACAGGGAGGCUUUGAGAAAAGUGGCCAGUGACAAAGAUGAAAUGUUGCUGGAAAGAAUCGCUGACGUGAAGUUCAUUUUUCCAGUGAAGAUUCAAAAAGAACUUUGCAGCUACCACCAACCUUAUGCUUCAGAGGACACUGCUGUUCAAAUUAGAGGAUCAUUGAUCAAUAGAGAUCCUAAAUAUCAGGAGUUGAUUUGGUCUUCUAUGCCCAUUAUACAGCAACCAGUUCAUUUCUCUCAGAAACUUUCACAAAUGAUGAAAAAUGCAGGAGCUCAUGAAGAACCACCUUCACAAAAUGUAAUCAGCAACUUGAGCAACAUUUGUCAGUCACCAUGUGAGACUGAGCCGCUGAUUGAAACCCGUGCCAAUGUGUUUCGACAUGCUUAUGGCUACCUGCAGGCCAAUAAGUUUGAUGAAAAGAAACUGAUUGGUUUUCCCGUAGUCUUGGUUGAAGAAGACACAGCACUUUGUAAAGCUGAUGAUGUGUGUCUUUCCCUUGAACACGAUCUUGAUUUCAGACCAUACUUGUACAAAAUUUCCCCAAAAGAUGCAUUGUAUGCAGAGUUCUUCAAGAAGAUUGGUGUAAAGGUUGAAGCCACUGCAGUGCAUUAUUGUAAUGUUCUGGCUGCUGUAUAUGCUGAAUCCUGUGAUAAACAACAACUAAAUGCAAACCAGCCUAAGACUGUAAAACGAGCAGUUCAGCAGGUGUUUCGCUUAAUCAAAACUCAAGAAAACCAGGCCUUUACUGAUGUUCAGACUUUGUACCUUCCUGCAGUAGAUGGGAAGUUGUACUCAUCAUGUUCACUCUACUACAAUGACACAGUGUUUGAGACUAAAAGGUUGGAAGAAGCUCUUAAAGAUAAGUUCUUGUUGCUUGAGAAACUCAGUAAAUGUCUUUUGAGCUUUGACAUCUACGAACACCAUCGACUGGUGCAGCGGUUGCCUCAUAAAUUUCGACCUAAAAUAUUGUCUCAGAUCACAGAAGAGAGAUUGGUGGAACAACACAUGCAGCUUUGUGAACUUGGGACUGGUUGUGACUUCAGUGGGUGGUUUGAAAAACAUCUGUCUUCAGGUGUAUUCCGACAUGGAAUAAUUUGUCUUCUCAGAGAGCAGUCUCAGGGUCAAAUAACCAAAGAAGAAGAGAAUGAAAUGUGUGACAAGAUUUUUGGCAGCAUCCAGAUCAUCUGCUGUAAAACUUUAGAAACAAUGCUUUGGUUGGAUACCCACCCACUAAACCAAACUACCAGGGAAACAGAUGUUUUCAUCAAACGAGAACAACAAGGUUGUGCCUUUUACCUCAAACACAGUGAUGACAUGGCUCCUAAAGUGAUCAAUGAAGUUAACAUGUCUUUAACGAAAGAGAUCAAUAUUCUUUUAGGUCACAGAAUUGAAUCAGUACACCUCUCGGUUGUUGGACAACUUCUAAUGUGUGAUGACCUACAGGAUGUUCAGAAAACUCUGGCCAGGAAUCACAUCCGUGACAGUUCUGAAACUGAAAGCAUCAAUCUCAAUCCACCAGAUCCUGGGACAGACAUUCCAGAGGAAUGGCAUGAUUCAUUAGACAUGAGCUUCCUUAAUAACUUUGAAGAGGGGGAAUACAUUGGCUACAGUAUCAACAACAAGUACAUUUAUGCAGUUAUUGUUGAAGAGCUUCCUGGGGAAUCUAGAAGAUGUUACAAGAGGUACAAAAUAGAUAUUGGAGAGGAUGAGCCAGUUGAAGUCGGCCAUCUUGACCUCUAUCAGUUUAAACGAGAAAAGAAAGUAAAAGUAGAUGAGACUUCAUGCACAUCUUCCAUGGAGCUGGUGACAUGUAUAGGAGCUGUGCCACAUUGUUCUCAACCCUCAAGUUCCAAACCCUCACCAAGUUCCAAACCCUCACCAAAUUCCAAAACCUCACGAAGUUCCCUACCAACCUCCUUAGAUGAAGCCAAAAGGGAGAUUGACAAAUGUCUGACUGAGCUCUGGAGUCUUCCUGAGGAAGAGAGAAGAAAAGGCAUCAAGAGACUUUAUCUUAGAUGGCACCCCGACAAAAAUAUUGACUGCCCUACACUCGCCACAGAAGCAUGUAAAUAUUUGCAGAAUCGCAUUGAUGAGCUCACCCAUGGCAAAAGACAACAAACCACAUCAACAAACUCCUCCUACUCCAGCAGAGCAUCAAGUUACAGUAACUUCUACAAGCAGUGGGAUGACGAGGCUAGGCAUCACAGAAGAGGACGAGAAAGAUUCUCUAGGGGCUUCUAUUCCUACAACUUUUGGUCCCAUAAUACAAAUAUUCCAAAGCCGAACAAAGAGGAGGCCCAGCGCUGGUGUAAACAGGCACGCUGUGAUCUUGACGCAGCUCAGGAAGACAAAAGUGGAAAAAACACAGAAUGGUGUCUCUUUAAAAUCCAUCAGGCGGUUGAAAAGGCACUCAUUGCUGCAGAGUAUAAACAUCAAGGCCAACACGCCACCAACACCUCAAUUUCUGGCAUUGCAGCAAAGGUUUCACUCUACCACCCUAAACUGAGAGACCUGUCUCAAAUUGUGAAACAUCUGAUGGAACUGGGAGUGGAUGCCAAAAAGACUCAAUACCCCAACUGCCAUCCCUAUCCUCACAUUCCUAAUGGACAGUUCAGGCUAGAGAAUGCAAUGCUAGCACUGAACAAAGCAUCUGAGCUUCUCGGUAAAAUAGAAGAGUAUGUAAAUUAG